AGGUGAGAUAUCUGUCCAUCUAGUCUUCUUUCCAUUACAAACGAACCGUCAAUUAGGGUUCAAUCCCAGGCUAGGGUUGAGCACCAACCCGCCCGACUUUCAGUCCUACUCCCAUAUACCUGAUGACCAUUAUCGAAUCGAUCUUACGGAGAUGCACGGCGAUUACGCACGUGAAGCAGCUCCAAGCCCAAAUGAUCACCUCCGGGAUUUUCCAAAACUGCCCCUCUCGAACCAAGCUCGUCGAGCUCUGCGCAGUCUCUCCCGCUGGAAAUCUCGACUAUGCCUGUGACCUUUUUCGUCAGAUCGAAGAACCUGUCACCAACGACUGGAACGCGAUCAUCCGGGACCUCGCCCAAAGCGAGCAACCAAAGCAAGCCAUCGGGUGGUACCUCGCAAUGAUUCGCUGGCCCCACAGACCUGACGCCCUCACGUGCUCCUUCGCCCUCAAGUCCUACGCACGUGUGCUGGCCCUCAUCGAAGGGAAGCAGAUCCACGCCCAGCUCGUCCGUUUCGGCUUCGAAGCCGAUGUCCGGCUCCAGACGACCGUCCUUGAUCUGUAUGCCAAGUGCGGGGAUCUCGACUGCGUGGAGCAGGUGUUCGAUGAAAUGCCGCUGAGAGACGUCACGACGUGGAACGCCUUGGUAACUGGCUUGGCUCAAGGGAGCCGGCCCAGGGACGCAUUGGCUCUCUUCAGCCGCAUGCGGCUUAAAGGGGCUCGGCCUAAUGAGAUCACGGUCAUCGGUGCGCUGUCGGCCUGCUCACAGUUGGGCACAUUGAAGGAGGGUGAAGCCGUCCGUUCCUACAUGUGCGAGGAGGGCUUGGACACGAAUCUACGCGUGUGCAAUGCGCUCAUCGACAUGUAUGCAAAGUGCGGCUCCAUCGACGGGGCGUUGGAUGUGUUCUGUAGCAUGGGCACUAGGAGCCGAGUGACUUGGAACACCAUAAUCAUGGCGCUCGCCAUGCACGGUCGCGGGCCCCAUGCAGUCGAGUUGUUUACCCAGAUACGUCCGACUGGGGUCGAGCCCGAUGCGGUAACUUACCUCGCCGUGCUCUGUGCAUGCAACCAUGCAGGUCUAGUCGAUGACGGGCUUCGCCUAUUCAACGACAUGACAGGGUCUGGUGUGGCCCCAAACAUCAAACACUACGGAUGCAUUGUUGAUCUCCUAGGCCGGGCCGGGCGGCUUGACGAGGCAUACAGUAUCAUAAUAUCAAUGCAUUUGCCGCCCGACAUCGUCCUCUGGCAAAGUCUCCUGGGGGCGUGCAAGACGUAUAAGAACGUCGAGCUAGCGGAGUGUGCCUCGCAGCAAUUGUCUGCAAUGGGGUCAAACAGCGACGGGGAUUACGUGCUCAUGUCGAACGUCUAUGCCGCACACGAGCGGUGGGACGACGUGGGGCGUGUAAGGGAGGCCAUGAAGAGCAACGAUGUGAGAAAAGUCCCGGGCUUCAGCUUCAUCGAAAUGAACGGUGUGAUUCAUAAGUUUGUGAAUGGCGAUCAUGGACACUCCGAUUGGAAGGAGAUUUAUGGCAUGUUGGAUGAGAUCGGAUUCCGGAUAAAGGCAUUUGGGUACUUACCUAGGACGGAUUUCGUGUUACAUGACAUUGGAGAGGAGGAGAAGGAAAAUGCUCUUUUCUACCACAGUGAGAAAUUGGCUGUGGCCUACGGUUUGGUUAGGACGGAAAGUGGGGCCCCGAUUCAGGUGAUCAAGAACCUUAGGAUUUGCGGUGAUUGCCAUGAUGUGAUUAAGUUGGUUUCGAAGAUCUACGAUCGAGAAAUUGUUGUUAGAGAUCGGAGCCGGUUCCACAGGUUUACGGAUGGAUCUUGUUCAUGUGGGGAUUACUGGUGACGGAUUUGGACUAGAUGGAAUUACUCAUGAUUCUGGGCUUUUGGACACUGGCAUUGCCUGGAGAAAGUCAAUCUGGCUUCAGAAAACCUCUGCAUCGGGGAUAGUGGAUUGCUGGGUGAACCGUACACCAUGUAGCUACGUGAUGUCAAGUCUAGAACUGUGCGGGGCCACCGUGAUGUAUGUGCUCUAUCUACAUCGUCCACCCCUUUUGUCUGCUCAUUUUAAGUAGUGGGGAUAGAAUGCCUGUGGUUGAAAACUUAAGGGGCCACCCCCAAAUGUGUUAUUUGUGUUUUCCAUUCAUCCAGGUGUGUGACCUUAUGAAUAGGUUGGAUGACAAAUAAACAUAGCUGCAGGCACUGGGAAAGGUUUCAACGGUGGACAUCAUGAUCCCCAUUUUUUCUUGUGGUGUGGUCCACUGGAACUUUGGAUAUGCUUCAAUUUUUUGGUGCCAAAAAUAAGCUGGCAAAAUGGAUGGAAAGCUUGGAUAAAAUACAACAUGGCGGGCCCAUAGAGUCCCCACAUGGGGUAGCCAUGUGAAUUUAGGGUGGGGUCACGGUGUAUGUUGUUGAUGGAAUGUGGUGGGAUAUGAUUGGGCCAAGUGGCAUAGCUAGCUACCUACUUCAAUUACUUUCACUAAUGUGGGAGAAAUGACUUAAAAAGCAUAAAAUCCAUGCCACUUGUGAUGUACAAGAUCCCUUUUGCGGCCUUGAUCCCAAAAAUCAAGAUGAUUCAACACUUUAGUGGGGCCACCCCAAAAUAUCUAUACCAGAAACCUCCAAAUUCAUGUUGUAUGGUCCACCUGAGUGUUAGAAUACUAUAAUCUUUUGGUAAUGCUUGCAUCCUAACAAGACAUCAGAUGAUAGAAAUGCUGUAAAAUUUUUUGGUAAUGCUUGCAUGUAAUGAAAGAUCAUUUGAAUGGAA